AUGGUCCGGCAAUCCUCAGAUUCACGUUGUUCAAUCAACCAAAUUGGUCCAAAUAUUCAGUCGAAAAAGCAAAAGGAUCCUCAAUCUGAUUCCGAAGGUGGCUCCCCAAGUGCACCUGUUUCUCGAAAUAAAAAGGCCAAGACAACUACGAAUAAAAAUACGGAAGCAUCCCAGUCCUCCGUGAAAAGUACAGCCGAAACGUCUAAGAAUAAGCAGCCGGUGAUUGAUCUUGCUCAAGACUCCAAUGGCGAAAAUUCUAAAGCUCGGAAGAAAGGAAGGGACAGCACCUAUGACAAACCACUGCUGUUUUUUGGUGCUCCUUACCGUCUCCCAAACGAUAGCGCCGAUGAAGGACCACGAACGUAUGACUGCUUGUGGUGUAAGAAGCCUAUCCGAGUCUCCCAGGGUACCUUGUCGAAUCUAAAAACCCACCGUGACGGAUCUUCUCAAGAAGGAAGGUGCCCAGUUGGAUGUCGAAAUCGCCAUAAAGCAAUUGCUGAUGGAGCUAAGCUUCCACCAACAGUGGAUGAGUUACGGAUACAGCACAAAAACGAAAGGAAAACUGGAAAGAUUACCAACCAUUUUGCUUGA